GGGGAGCCGGGGUGCAGGAGGGCAGGCUGGAUCAGGCCGGGCAGAAGCGGGCCGGGGCUCCGCGUGUCAGCGAGGGAUAGGUGACGAGGAAACGGGCUGGGGUCGGAGCUGUCUGGAGAUGCCGCAGGGGGAGGGUUCUCACGCCGCACGGGGCGGAGCCCUGGAGCUCGGGGCGGGACGUGGAAUAGAAACGGGUGGACCUUCCGAGCGGGUGCGGGUGGAAGGCGGAGCUCGGGGACGGGGGGUAGAGCUAGGACGGCUGGGGGGCGGAGCCUAUCCCUUGGAGGAGGAGCUGGAACAGGUGGAAGGCGGAGCCUCGGGUUCGGAGACCGAGGGGGACGGAGCCCAGGCACUGGGGGCGGGGCCUCAGCCGGUGAGUGGCGUGGCUCCGGUUCAGGAAAAGGGGUCUAGUUCGGCUGAGGGCGGAGCUUCAGGGCCGGGGGCGGAACUACACUCUCUAAAGGGCGGAGCCAAGGAGCCAAGCGAAGGGCUAAACCCGAGUAAUGGCCCGGGGCGUCCACGCGGGGGCGGUCUCCGUGGUGGCCGAGCCUGGGGACGCGGUAGGCCAAGAACUCCCCCGGGAGAGGUGGUAUGGGUGGAGCGGGCUCGGCGGCCAGCCGACACCGGGCCAGUCUGGGUGCCUCGGAGGCCCCCCAGGGCGCAGAGCUGGGGUGGAGCCUCCGGAGGAGGCACAGGGCCAGGCUGGGGGGUACCUCCGGAGGACCGGGCCUCCCCGGAGCCACCCAGUGGGGAUGUGUGGGUGCCUCGGGGCCGACCCCCUGCAGCGGCCUCAGAGGUGUGGGUGUGCUGGGCAGGGGGCAGCUGGGUGUGGCGUGAGUGGGGCCGCUCAGUCGGGGCAACUGGUGUGCAGUCAGAUAGGGUCUGGACUUUGCGUAAAGGGACGGGUGGGAACUGA